AUGUCCACCUCGAACCAGAAAUGGAUCCUAGAGGGACCGAAUAUGGCUCGUCUCUCUCCGCACGGAGAUGAGAUACCCGUUAGCCAUACCUCCAAAGCCAAUAUCUUUAGGCCAUCUAGCCAAGAUCCUAGCUCAGUCUCUACCGGCACUUCUCGUGGGCUAAACGUCUUCAGGGAACAGGUACCUACCUAUCAAGAGGCAUCAGACGACGACGAGCCUUCAUCUACAGUCUGUGAUACUUGUAGUGUACAUAUACAGCCUAUCUGGAAUUGUUCUUACUGCGACAUGAACUUUUGCGAUGACUGUUGGGGGAAGCAGGGUCCACACAAAUUGGGUCGGAAGGGUCCCGAUGGCCUACCCCAUGAGAAGGCCAAUCCAACAAUCGUCCAAAGACUAAAGGACAUCCUCGCCCCACCCCAAGAUUACCAUGAACAGCAAAUUCUGCAUGUCGAGGAUGAAGAUACGACAUGGUUUGGGCUGGCGCGUGACAAUCACAACAAAUCCAUUUUGGAUGACCGUGGACGCUACGCUGCUAUCAUGGCCGACAGCAAUACUGAUGAGUACCAGUUCCGAUAUCCCCAGAUCGUCUCUUUUAUUGGACAAACAGGUGCUGGAAAGAGUACUCUCAUCAAAAUGCUCAUAGAUCAACAAGAGAGGAUACACGGCUCGCGCGAAUGGGCGUUCCCGUCACCAGUAGUUGGGUCAAUGACGAACAGCAACAUACCAACGUCAUGUGAUGUUCACCUUUACAGUGAUCCAACCACAUAUCUAUCAGAACAUCCCAUGCUUUUCGCAGACUGCGAAGGUUUGGAAGGCGGCGAAAACACUCCAAUAAGCGCUCAGUAUCGCGAGAAGGCGUCACAUACUUCUGAAGAGAGGGGGAAAGGGAGAGAGAUGCGCCGAGAGCAUCCCAAACUACAACAGAUUACCAGAGGAUUGAAUCGCACACGUCGAGAAAUCAAAUGGGCGAACUCGCCAGAAAAGACAAAACGUCAGUACGCGGUCACAGAGUUUUAUCCACGUUUGCUAUACACAUUUUCGGAUGUGAUCGUGUUCGUCUUGCGAAAUGCAAAGACAUUUGAGUCUACUGUGCUCACACUGUUGAUCAAAUGGGCUAGAUCGUCCAUUGAAAAGUCAGUCAACCAACCUAUCCUGCCUCACGCCAUCAUUGCUCUCAACGCGACAAGUACCAAAGUCGAUCAGAGCGCUUGGGACCCUGAAUAUGCAACGGAAUCUCUUCUAGCUGAUGUCGCUGGUGCAGUCGAUCGAGACCCAGCUUUUAAAGAGCUAAAAGAAUAUUGGGGUGGGAAGGGUAGAAACAUUCACACCGUGAAAGAUCUUCUUCUAUGCUACUAUUCCUCGAUCACCGUUAUAAGGAUACCUGGAGAUGGCCGUUAUAUGAUGAUCGACGAACAGAUCCAAAAACUUCACGAUACGCUGUCUAGGCGGUGCAGAGAGUCAUUCAAUACGAAGCGUAGGUCUCGCAUGCUUUUCAACUCCGACGCUUUGAACGUAUACCUGCAUUCCGCAUUCGAACAUUUUUCAAAUGAUUUGAACAAACCAUUCGACUUCAUGGACGCCUCGUUCAAAAUCAAUCCCAUUCCUUUGGAUUUUGGAGGUAAUAUUCUCAAGCUGGCUGUUGCUAUGAAGGCUCGGUACGAUGAUCCCAGAAAGAUUUUCGAGGAAUUGAGCUUUAUGGUAGCUUCUUGUAUUGGGUUGGACUGUGUUCGACAGAACUUUAAAGGCCCGGCAAACCAAAUUCUCGAAAAGCAAUACCUCUCCCACUGUGAUACAGCACUGGAAGACUUUUGUGCGCUCUACUGGCCAUGCACAUUCAACUAUAUGCACCGCGGCCGCUGUGUGAAUGUGAAGGAGACUCAUAACAAGGGACAUCAGAAUAGAAAGGGUAUCAUCAUUGGCACUGGUCCGUAUGAGUCCAACUUUACGUUUACUGGCUUCGCCAAAGACUGGUCUCGGCUUUUGGAGAGCCACCUUGCAAAAUUUCAAGUUGAGCUCAGUUCCCAGCUCAUGCAAACCCCAUCUGCGAGUGAGGUGGAUAUUACCACAAGACUCCACCACGCCAACAUCACGGCAUUCUACAAGCGUCUGGGUGGCGCCCAGAAGUUUGUCAGUCACUUGACUUGCUACUGCUGCCUUCGAGAACUGGCCGAGCAUCCUCUACGUUGCGGACAUGUGCUCUGUACACCCUGUAUCAAAAGUUACGGAAACCCCCAUAAUGAGCUUAAACACUCAUAUUCAAUGGCUUCUUGUCCUCUCCAUGACUACGAAACCGUCUUCUCUGCUCAUUGGCCGGUGCACUUUAAGCCUCCGCUCGCUGGUGUGCGGGUGCUAUCACUUGAUGGUGGCGGUAUGAGAGGCAUUGUCAUUCUAAGUGUUCUUGGGGAGAUCCAGAAAGAACUAGGAGGGCGCAUUCCUAUCCAGGACUUUUUUGAUCUUAUAGUGGGCACCAGUACCGGCGGAUUGCUUGCACUUGGCCUUGGAGUCAAAAAUUGGUCCAUCGAACAGUCUACGCAGACGUUCCUGAGCUUGGUGAGAACUGCGUUUACUUCCAGGUAUCCUGGUGGUCUCCAAUUGAUGAGGAGCAAAUACCGUACCAAGCCGCUUGAGAAGGCUUUACACCAAGCUUUCGGGGACGAAGCCAUGUUCGGAGGAGUGCCAGAGGAUAUGAGUGGCUCUACACGGAAAGUUGCUGUAACAGCUGCCACUGAGACGGGUGAGGAGGUUGUGAUCUUCACGAAUUAUAAUCGUGCGAGUAAAUCUGGAAUUGGCUACCGCCCAGUUCGCCCAGAUGACCCUAACAACGACCUCAAAGUCAGAGAAGCUGCAAGAGCCACAUCUGCUGCACCAUUCUUCUUCAAGCCCUUCGUCAAUGGCAGAACCAAGGAGAGUUAUAUUGACGGUGCUGUCAAGCACAACAAUCCAGUACGAAUAGCCAACAGCGAAACCAAGUUCCUCUGGCCGGAUGUAGAAGAGCGCUAUCCAGAUAUCUUAUUGUCUGUUGGGACUGGAUAUCAUGAGUCGGGUGUGGAGGGUUCCUCAAUUGCCGGAUCUGAUCGCAGACGCAUGCAAGUUCGAAAAGCGCUCGAACUAACGAAGAAGCGAUCCAAGAUAUCAAAGGUCUUCCCACAAGUAGAUUCUUGGUUCAAAUUCGCCAAGCAGCGCGUCGAGGAUAUCCUCAACUCUGAAAAUAUAUGGAGAGAUUUCCGCACCGAUGUUGUGGGCCUGUCUUCGCCUAUUGCGGCAGAGAGAUAUAUACGCUUGAACCCUAAUGUCAGGAGCCCAGUGCCCAAGAUGGACGACACGCAGAAAGUCAACGACUUGCAGAGGGAGGUUGCUGAUACACUUCGCACGCCCGAGUCACAGGUUAUGAUACAAACGAUCGCUGGCCGGCUCAUUGGCAGCUCGUUCUAUUUCGAAAAGAUUGGGCGACCCAGAGAGAUCAGAGGUGUGCUCACCAUCCAAGGUACUAUAGCGUGCAGAUUCGCUGAUGGAUCCGACGAUCUGCGCUUCCUUGGGGAACACAUUCGCUUCAAAUUUCAACGCUACAAGUUCCAACCCUUCUUCCGCAUCUCCGAAGUGGGCAACGUCGAGCACACUCAGGACAUUGAGUUGAGCCGCAAGGUCCUCGAGGAUAUGGUAGACAGUCGAUCAUUCAACCUGGGCGCAAUCGUCAUACCCGUGGCCUCGGAUCCAGCAUUAUUAUCCAUUGACCUUCACCUCAUCGACGACCGCAAGCAACCAAAAUUCAGCACCAGCUUCCCCAUCAGCGGCUUCCCACGCAAUCUCACCGAAGGCGAAGCCGUGAAACAAACCACAUCUCCACCCAUGCUCGACACCGUACCCUACAAAACCUCAGAUAAACGCCGCUCCCUUCGCGAAAGCAGAUCGAAUAUCCACAGCAGACUCGAGAUCGAGCAUCGCCCUAUAAGCGACGGAAAUAUCGAUUACAGGGCCUAUAGGCACAGCGAUACCACUCAGCAACCCCCAAAGCCAACGCCAUCUCUUGACCUGCAGCACCACGUUGAAUUGCACGAUCCUGAUGAAGCAAUAGGAAUGUCAGAUGUGGAGAUGGCGCCGAGCCACGAAGAAGGCAGGUCCAGUAGCGAAAAGGCAAUGUCAAAGUCGAGGCGACACUUUGUUGAUGCAUUUCGUGAUGCGAGUUCGAGUUCGGAUACUUUAAUGUAG